UUCUUCUGGGAAAUUCCAAAGUUGAAAAAGGAUAGCAAAAAAUAUUUUCAAAAUCAUAUUGUUUGAAAAAUACUCGAAACAAAACGAAUCUUUUAAAGACUUUAAAGGCUUUAUAAAAAAAGAAUUUACCAAAGAAAAAUGUCAUAAAGUCAAUGGCCGCAUAAAGGGCUUAUAGUUAUUGUGCAAGUGCGAGUGUGACUAUAACAAAUAAUCCUGGAUAAAAAUGCGAGUGCAAAUGCCAAAACCAUAAAGUUCUCUGCUCUGUGUGUGUGGGGUGUGUGUCUGUCCAUCCACAACCAAGGCAACUAGACAAACAAACGCACAGACACAGGCACAGACUGGUGUAAGCGGAGACCCACACACCCGCGCGUACCCCUCGCACAGAUACUCGUACGAAAGCAGCUCAAACAUCAUCAUUUGGCAGCUCAGAAGGCGUUAAACACAUUUAAGCCGGGUCAAGUAAGUGGCUGUCCUGGCCCAAGGGACAAAGGACUGCCGCUCUCACUCUGUGGUCAGUGGAAAAAUCCCCGUUAAACUCGGCAAUCUGCAAGUGUAAAAUAUAAGAAAAAGGAAAUCCCAAAGGAUACAAAGGAACCCAACGCCCGUUCGGAGAAAAAGGAGGAUUCGGGUCCAAACAAUGUGGUUUCAGGGCAGCUACAGAAUGGUGGUGCAGAGAGUGUGAUUGUGAGUGCUGGAACCCUGGAGUGAGUGACCACAAGUACAUGGAGGCGGCAGUCGCCGCCAAUGGCAGCAGCGGAAUCGAUCCGCUGUUAAUGCUGUCCAAUUUGGACGGAAUCGAGGUGAGCGUGGAGCUGCAGUGCCUGGUACAGGAGCACAUGGAUUCAACGACCUACGGCAAUGCCAGCGACCACUGCCUCACCCAGUUCGACUCGAUCCUGUGCUGGCCCCGAACGGCGCGCGGCACUCUGGCCGUGCUCCAGUGCAUGUACGAGCUGCAGGGGAUACACUACGACAGCAGCAAGAACGCCACCCGCUUCUGCCAUGCGAAUGGAACGUGGGAGAAGUACACCAACUACGAUGCCUGUGCCCAUCUACCAGCCUCCCACUCGGUGACGGAGUUCGAGGUCAUUGUGGAGCUGUCAACCAUCAUUUACUACAUCGGUUACGCCCUCAGCCUUGUGUCGCUCAGCCUCGCCCUGAUUGUCUUUGCCUACUUCAAAGAGCUGCGUUGCCUGCGCAACACCAUUUACGCCAAUUUGUUCUUCACGUACAUCAUGUCGGCUUUGUUCUGGAUACUGUUGCUAUCGGUGCAGAUCUCCAUUCGAAGCGGACAGGCAAGCUGCAUUGCCCUGUUCGCGCUCUUCCACUUCUUCACGCUGACGAACUUUUUCUGGAUGCUGGUGGAGGGCCUCUAUCUGUACAUGCUGGUGGUAAACACCUUCUCCGGCGACAACAUACGCUUCAACAUCUACGCCUCCAUCGGAUGGGGUGGUCCUGCCCUGCUUGUCAUUACCUGGCUGGUGGCCAAGAGUCUGACUGUCAUCUACAACAGCUCCGAGAAGUAUGACAUCAAUUGUCCCUGGAUGGAGGAGACGAAUGUGGAUUGGAUAUUCCAGGGACCCGUCUGUGCAGUGCUGCUCAUCAAUUUAACCUUCCUGCUGCGCAUCAUGUGGGUGCUCAUCACCAAGCUGCGCUCGGCCAAUACCGUGGAGACGCGCCAGUAUAGGAAGGCGGCCAAGGCGCUGCUGGUGCUCAUCCCCCUCUUUGGUAUCACCUACCUGGUGGUGCUGGCCGGGCCGUCGGAGGUCGGCCUCAUGGGUCACAUGUUCGCCGUUCUACGUGCUGUUCUACUAAGUACACAGGGCUUCUCCGUAUCGCUGUUCUACUGUUUCCUCAACUCGGAGGUGCGCAAUGCCCUGCGACACCACAUAUCCACGUGGCGCACGCGUGACAUUCAGCAGAGCCAGAACCGACGGUACACCAUGAAAAGUUUCUCCAAAGGCGGCAGCUCGCCGCGGGCUGAGAGCAUGCGGCCUCUGACCAGCUACUACGGACGCGGCAAGCGGGAGUCCUGUGUAAGCUCGGCCACCACCACGACACUGGUGGGGCAGCAUCCCCCCUUCCUCGCCCUGCACCGGGGCUCCAAAAACGCCCUGCACACUGGAGGCGGCAAUACCACAGGCUCAGGCAGUACACUCAGUGUUAUGCCCCGUGCAAUCAGUCCUCUGAUGAAGUUGCAGCAAGGGCUCGAGGAGAACUCCGUUUAGAGAAAACUCCCCAGAGAAGAUUUUAGCAAGGCAAGUGCAUCUUAAGAGACUGAACUUUCAUUGAAUUCCAUUUCCGAACGGAGAUCUGCGAGUGCGAUGAGGUAGUACUAGAUAUUAGCGUGAAUGGCGACGAUGGAAGGAAGGAGACCAGGUACCAGGCCCAGCCAAAGCCACAGCCCCCAAGCCACAGCAGAGAAGCAAAACCAAGUUAAAUGUCGUCUAGGCGAACCACUUACCAACCAACCCCCCCACCUACACCUACACCUGAACAUAUACAAACAAUACAUGAGUUACAUACAUAGUACUCGUUUAGCCAAUACUAUUUUGUGUGUACAAUAUAUUCAAACUGUAGCUGUUGAUGUGUAAAGUGCCCUGUAGCUUUGGGGAAAUUCACUCGGGGAAUAGGAUAGCUUCUCGGCAGACUAAAAUUCAGGUACAACUGUGCGUCCUAACAGCACUGGGGGUGGAAGAAAAAGAAAAAUAAACGCGCCACCUAUAGGUCAAAGAUCGUAUCUGAGGAAAGAGUAAUGGAAGUUGACAGUUGAAGGGUCGAGCAGAGAAAGUAGGGUCCGAGUGUCGAGGCAGAAUGGUAUUCGCUCUUUUUCGUCUUGGACACUGAGCCAACUGGUAGCUUCUAGCGAAGCUCAGGAAGUAGGUACGUUGAUCAACCUAGCGGUUUGAAGUGAAGUGUGAAGAGUAAAGGAACAUUUUUGCUUAGAAAGCUUAGAGAGCUUGCUAGAAAGAGAAAGAAAAGCAGUCAGCAAAAAAAUUCCACUGCUAAAUUGGGGCAGAUCCGCGGGUAAGUGGAGGAGAGCUUUGCAGCGCCGCAGCAGUACAUGUAUUCAAGCAGUCGGAACUUUUGCUACCCCUUUGGUUUGGCACCCCAGCCUCAGUUAAAUCUCAAGGCAAAGAGCACCGCUUCAACAUAAAUCCACCUGGCAAGGGGAAGGCACAGCAGAGGGGAACCGUAAACAAGGGGAACCUAGAGCGCAGCAGAGGCGAUAAUAAUUCGGCUAAGGCUGGCCUACCCGAAUCUCAGUUUAAUCUCAAGGCAAAAGAGCACCGCUUCAACAUAAAUGCACCUGGCAAGGGGAAUGCAAAGCAAAGGGGAACCAUAAACAAGGGGAAGCUAGAGCGAAGCAGAGACGAGAAUAAUUCGACCAAGGCUGGCCUAACUAGCUGAAGAAAGAGACAUUUGCCGUUGGGAAGCAGCACGUCGUGUAUCGCGAGCAGAUCAAAAGAAAACGAAAACCAAUUUUCGAUCAAACUUUUUUUGUUAACGGAAGAACCCUUCGUCUCAGUGCCGCAGUGUCAUAGAACUCCAGUGGUUGAACCGAAACCGAAAAGCGAGUUAACGGAAAGGUAGCGGGAUCGGCUCAAAUUUUCGGUCGAACGCAGAAGGAGAGAGAGUGCGAGUGGACGGGAAAGGAGAAAAGAAUAGGAAGAGGAAGUAGAGCAAAUGAGUAAAAUAAUGAAUUUAUAUUAAGCUAAAGAUAAAAAAAAAACAUACCUAUUAAUUCCACUGCAAAGGGGUAAGGGGGAUUUCGUUGUGCUCUCCUAGGGCGAGUGUGAGUGCAAGUGCCAGUUUACACAUACAGGUACAACAAAAAAAAUAAAUAAAUAAAAAACUCUUGAUCACUCACGAAGAUUUAUCAGCUGGCAUCGAGAAAGCGCUUUCGCCGAUGGACCGCAACACUACAAAAGAA